AUUCCUUUCUCUCUUUCAUAAUAUAAUGCAUAACUUUACCAAUGCUUUCAUCAUUAUUAUGAACCAACGCUCUCAAAAAAUGCUUCUCUCACCUUCGUUUUCAUGCACUCUGCUCUUCCUCUUCUUCUUCUUUCACUUUGUAGCGGCGGCGAAUUCUUCGGCGGCAACAUGUUCCGAUAUGUUGCCGCUGAGAUACCGCAGCGACAAGAUUUCCUUAACGGACUUCGGUGGCGUCGGCGAUGGGCGCACGCUGAACACGAAGGCGUUCAGAGAAGCCAUAUACCGCAUUCAGCACCUGAGAAGGCGCGGUGGCACGCUCCUUUACGUGCCUCCGGGGGUUUACUUAACAGAGAGCUUUAACCUCACUAGUCAUAUGACUCUCUAUCUAGCUGCUGGUGCUGUUAUUAAAGCCACACAGGAGUUGUGGAAUUGGCCUUUAGUUGCACCCUUACCAUCUUAUGGAAGAGGGAGAGAGCUCCCUGGAGGAAGGUAUAUGAGUUUUAUCCAUGGAGAUGGACUUAGUGAUGUAAUAAUCACAGGUGAGAAUGGGACAAUUGAUGGGCAAGGAGAUGUGUGGUGGAAUAUGUGGAGGCAGAGAACACUUCAGUAUACAAGACCAAACCUUGUUGAAUUUAUGAAUUCCAGAGAUAUUAUUAUUUCAAAUGUGAUUUUCAAGAAUUCUCCCUUCUGGAAUAUACACCCAGUUUAUUGCAGCAAUAUUGUUAUUCGAUUUGUCACAAUCUUGGCUCCUCGUGACUCUCCGAAUACUGAUGGAAUUGAUCCAGAUUCAAGCUCAAAUGUAUGCAUAGAGGACUCAUAUAUAUCAACAGGAGAUGAUCUUGUGGCUGUGAAGAGUGGGUGGGAUGAGUAUGGUAUAGCAUAUGGUCGUCCUAGCCACGGUAUCACCAUUCGGCGUCUAACAGGAUCCUCUCCAUUUGCUGGCAUUGCAAUUGGCAGUGAAACCUCUGGUGGGGUGGAGAAUGUGCUAGCUGAACACAUCAACCUCUUCAACAUGGGGGUUGGUAUCAACAUUAAGACAAACAGUGGUAGAGGAGGGCUUAUCAAGAAUAUAACAGUGAGUCAUGUGUAUGUGGAAAAUGCAAGGCAAGGAAUAAAAAUUGCAGGUGAUGUGGGGGGUCAUCCAGAUGGAAACUUCAAUCCUAAUGCUCUCCCAGUUGUCAAGGGUAUCACGAUUAAUAAUGUUUGGGGAGUGAAGGUUCAGCAAGCAGGUUUGAUACAUGGGUUGAGAAAUUCCCCUUUCACUGAUAUUUGUCUAUCUGAUAUCAACCUUCAUGGUAUGCAAGGUCCUAAAUCUCCUUCUUGGAGGUGUUCUGAUGUGUUUGGAUUUGCUCAUCAGGUUAGUCCAUGGCCAUGUUCUCAGCUUAGUAGCCAAGAGUCUGGAUCAUGUACCAUUUACUCUUGAGAUUAGAGAUUUUCUCUCUCUUUGGAUAUUGUCGUAAUUAAGUGCUUCUUCUAUUGAUUUAUUAUAAUACAGAUCAAUGAAUUCACCCCCAUUUGAUUUAUAUGAUGUGCAUGUAAAUUUAGUCAAACAUGUUG